AUGCCAUUUUCUUCGAAUGUCGAUCCAAGUUCUCCCGUUGACCAGCAGCCCACCAUAGGAAUCAUUGGUAUGGGAUUAAUGGGCUCUAUGUAUACCAAUAGGCUUUCGGCAGCGGGCUGGAAAAAAAUCCAUGUAUGUGACCAACGACAGAACUACGAAUCUCUACAAGAAAGGUAUCACGACAUUCCUGGAGUAACUGUUUAUCAAGAUGGCCAUGGCGUCUCGCGUUCAUCCGACUUUAUAAUGUACUCUGUCGAAGCAGAGUUUGUUGACCGUGUCGUUGCUGAGUACGGGCCUUCAACGAAACUCAAUGCUAUCGUCGCUGGCCAGACCUCAGUGAAGGCCCCGGAAAAAGCAGCUUUUGAAAAGUAUUUACCCCCUGACACCUCAAUUGUGUCCUGUCAUUCAUUACACGGCCCAACCGUUAAUCCUGUCGGACAGCCCUUGGUUCUCAUCAAACAUCGAGCACCCGAUUCUGCACUUUUGCUCGUCGAGAAUAUCCUUCGAUGUUUCGGAUCUCGUUAUGUGUAUCUAUCUUAUGAUGAACACGAUAUCGUUACUGCGAAUACGCAAGCUGUUACUCAUAUGGCCUUUUUGAGUAUGGGAACGGCAUGGGCUUGCAGCGCUGCCUAUCCUUGGGAACAAGGUCUUUAUGUUGGUGGAAUAGAGACCGUCAAGGUCAACCUCGCUCUUCGGAUUUUUAGCAAUGCAUGGCAUGUCUAUGCGGGGCUAGCCAUCAUGAAUCCACAAGCCAGAGAACAGAUAAACCAGUAUGCUCAAAGUGCGACCGAGCUAUUUAAGAUGAUGGUGGAAGCUGGAACUGCCGGCACGAAUGGAGGCGAAUCAGCCGCAGAACGAGAGAGAAAGCUCAGAGACAGGGUAGAGUGGGGCCGUAGGAUCGUCUUUGGGAUCGAAGGAAACGGCGAGGGUACGCAGAAGAAAAGACGUCACCCUAUACUCCUCUCCGAAGCAUUGCUAGAUCGCUUUAGUCUUGGCCGGAUACCUGUGAAUGAAGACUCCAGCGGAUCAGCAUACAAAACUGGGUACCGGCCUAACUCCCAUCUUUCUCUGCUUGCCAUGGUUGACUGCUGGGCUCAUUUAAAUAUCAAACCCUUCCUCCAUUUAUCACUUGCGGCGACACCUUUAUUUAGGCUGUUUUUGGGUGUCGCGGAGCAUUUAUUCCUCUCUUCGUCCUUACUGGAAGCCGCCAUUCAUUCGGCCAUUUAUGACACAUGGCACCGCUCCGACGAUCUUGAAUUCGUGGUCGCCGCGCGGGGGUGGAGUCAGUGUGUCCGCUUUGGUAGUUUUGAGGUUUACAGGCAGCGGUUUGACGAGACAAGACAGUUUUUCGAAGGGAGGUUUGCAGAAGCCGGCGUGCUAGGAAGCGAAAUGAUUAAAACGGUCAUGGAGAGCAAGGUUGAAGAAGACGAGAACUGA